AUGGAGGAGCCCACGGCUUCUGGGGUGUUCUGUAACAGGAUGCUGAGCAUGGUCAAUUCUGAGGAUGUCAAUGCCAUCAUCCAGGCGCAGAGACACAUGCUGGACCGCUUUGAGAAAACCAAUGAAAUGCUCAUUAACUUCAAUGGGCUGUCAAAUGUAAGGCUGCAGCAGAUGAACGAGCGCUUUCUGCUUCACACCAGGACCCUGGUGGAGAUGAAGAAAGACCUGGACAGUGUAUUCAGGAGGAUACGGACUCUAAAGGGGAAGAUUGGAAAGCAGUACCCUGACGCCUUCAGCAACGUCCAUGAGUCGCCCGUUCUGGAAGACGAUGACGACGAAUUUGACCCUGUGCCCCCCAGCAUCGCCACGACAACCGCUACAAUGACACCGGAGCAAAGCACAGAGUCAUGUGACACGAGCCCGGAUGUGAUCUCCCCUGCCGUGAGCAGAUGCUCCGAGGACCUGUCCCAUGAACCCCCAGACACGCCCACUUCAGAGGGACACGAGGUCUGUGCUGUGCUGCGGGACGAGGGGCCAGACUCUGUCCCUGCUGAGUAA